UACGACGCAAAUUACAGGAAGUUGCAUUAGACAGGUUGUUUUGGACCAGAUGUCACAGAUGUUCUGCUUUGAGUUUUAGAUAGAAGGCGUUAUUUGCUUCAAUCAAAUCUUUACUAAUGUAUUAUUGGAAGAAUGACGUCAGGUUUAACGUUAGACUUCGAAGAUCACCUAGAUCAUCAGGAUACAACAAUGAGUAACGUUGUUACGGGGAACAUUUGCAUUGACCAGGAUGGGGAAUGGGACAUCAGCCUGUUUGAUGAGCUGGAGGGCCUUGGGGAUGCAGAUGAGCUCCUGAGAGCUCUCGAGGGGGAUGCGUAUGCUGGCGAGGUCCCUGAUCUGGACUUCGACAUGGACCUGCCUCCCUGGAGCCCAGACACCAGCAGCACCUGCACAGAUGGGGACAUGACUGUGGCUUCGCUCUCUCCAGCGCACACCAUCAGCUCAGUGCCCUCCCCAACGUCCUUGGAGGCCCACUCUCCCAACUCCCUCUCGGACGAGGCGCUCUCUCCCCAGCCCCAGGCGUCCCCACUCUCUGUCUGCUCAGACUCCAGUGGCUUCUCGGAGCUGCCCCCUGAAAGACCACCACCUAAGAGGACCAAUCCGACUCCCAGAGCCAAGCCAGUGAAGAGGCCCAUUCAGCCGAGCCCUAAGGUGUCCAUCCAGCCCAGGCCAGUGAUCACAGCUAUGCCCCUGCCCACAGCCGCCGCUGCCCCCCUGCAGGCCAAAACCAUCAUCCUGCAGCCGUUGCAGUCCAUCCAGUCCCUGCAGCCUGUGCUGCCUGUAGUCAAGCCUGCCAGGGUCGCCAUCAAACCAGCUCCCCCUGCAGCUCGUCAUAUGAUAUUUCCCCAGCCCACUCAGGUGCUCCACAUCCAAACAGCGCAGACCGUCCCGACCCGAGUGGUUACCAUGCCAACGCUGGUUCCGGACGCACGCAUACCUGCUGCAGCCCCACCCGUGGUUACCAUGACGCUCCAGAGUCCAGCCUCCGUCCAAAGCUCUACCCACAGCUCUGAUGACGACUCGAACGCAUCACGCCGGCAGAUGCGCAUGAUCAAGAACCGUGAGUCAGCGUCCCUCUCACGCAAGAAGAAGAAGGAGUACCUGCUGACGCUGGAGGCCCGCCUGAAGAUAGCGCUGUCCGAGAACGCCCAGCUCAAGAACGAGAACGGCACCCUCAAGCAGCAGCUGAACGGCCUCAUAAGCGAGAACACUGUUUUGAAAACCACUGCCCCCAAGAGGCGGGCUGUGUGUCUCAUGGUGCUUGCGGUCUUCCUGGUUUUCAACAUGGGACCAAUGAGUCUGUACAGAGACUCCGAUGGUUCCAAAGUUCCAGUAAGUAGAGUUCACACUGGAAGGCAUCUGCUGGAAUUGCCGAAUCCACACACACCUGAGGAAGUGCUGGUGUCCAGCAGUGUGGAGGAGUCUGUGGCAGAGGAGAAGGCUCUGAUGGUGGUGAGGAAGAGCCCCCUGGUUUUCGGUGCGCCGCCACCCUGCCAGCCACCCGUCAACAGGACGAAGUGCAUCAAGCUGGCUCAUGAACUGAGAGGAUGGGUGCACAGACAUGAGGUGGAGCGCACCAAGAGCAGACGGCAGAGUAACACACAGACUAAGAGCAGGACCAUCCUGAAGGAGAGUGGGAAUAAGGAUGAGGUGACCCAGAUUCUGCCCGUCCAGUACACUGACUCAGCAGAGAGAAGUUCAGGUAAUGAGCUGCAGGUGUAUUACGCCCCGCACCGCACCUACAACGACUUCUUUGAUGAGAUCAACCGAAGGGGAGACACCUUCUACGUGGUAUCUUUCCGCCGGGAUCAUCUGCUUCUUCCUGCCACCAGCCACAACAAAGGAAGUCGGCCCAAGAUGUCCGUGUUGCUGCCGGCUAUGAACGUCAACGACAGUGUCAUUAAAGACAAGGAGUUUGAGGUGAUGAUGCAGAUCGACUGUGAAGUGAUGGACACCCGCAUCCUGCACGUCAAGACCUCCAGUAUCCCACCAUUCCUGCGUGCCAAUCAAACCCACAAUGACACUCUCUACCACCCCAGCCCUACCAGUGCCCAGGCCACACCCACCGUCAGCGUCCUGGUUGGCUCCGCGUAACCUCGUGUCAUGCCAGCCAACCGAUCAACUACUGUGAUCAAGUCGACAGACAAUUCAAAAUAUAAUUACAUUUUUUUUUUACAAAUAAAUCCAUGAAGAAUAUAUAUGUGUUUUUCCUCCCCUUUAGCUGUAGUCAGGAUAUGCAAUAUGCAAUCUCAGUGCUACUGACCUUUUCUUUAUGACUUUGGGUGUUAUUUUUUUGGUGUUGAACCCUCUCGAUUACGUUUCUUAUGCUACUUGGUUGCUUGUUUAUCAUGGUUGGGAUCGGAUGGGAGUGAAGGUGGUUGUGGUAGUGUGGUAGUGGUCUCUCUCAAGGAGGUUAGGGGCUUAAGGCGGCCCCCGACAUGUCCCUCCUAUCCACCUCCACCCCCACCCACCCAUCACCUUUUUUCGGUUUUGCAUUUUUGUGUCGGGUGGGAGGUGUUGGUAGGGGGUUGGGGGUAGAGGGUGUCCCAUACCAGGCGUCUGGGGGGCCCCAGUGAAGUCCCCCCCUCCCCUCCACCGCCAGCAGGGUAAUUGAUGCAGGAGGUGUGAAGUGAACCCUGACUCACCCCCUCUCUCUCUCAGCUUGCAUACCUCCAGUCCUGCUGUUGAUGUGUGGCCAUUUUAGAUUAGUUAGAUCAUUUUAGAAGUAGGGGCGAUUUCUAGACAAUGAGUUUAGGCCAACAGUGCAUCACCACCACCACCACUAGAAAGCAUUAGGGCAAUUCCACGGAAAAUUGUUUUUUUUGUCACAUCCAUAACGCCAGCGAAAUGCCUUGUAUAUGUAAUGCAUUUGUAUGAUGUGAAUGAUAACAUUCAUUUUUUGUGCAUUUUUUCUCAUGUACAUUCUUCAGCCAAAAAUAGCAAAUGCUCCAAUUUCAUGUAAUCAUUCACAUCAUACCAUACCAUCACAUUUUAUUGGCGUUAUGGAUGUUACAAAAAACAUAAUUUUCCAUGGAAUUGCCCAGUAACGUUGGGUCUUCAAGUGUCCCUGGUGAUCAGUGGGGUGCAUGCCUGUGGAGGAUCAUAUCACAAUGGCCGCCUCCUUAUUUUGCUCUUGGUCUCAGGAAAAUGUAUCAGAACUCUGACCAUUCUGUCAUGGAUGGGUUCAAACCACUUUGUUAUUUCGAGUUGCUGUAUUGUUUUGUGUGUGCUUGUUUUACUUAAUUUAAUUGUUACACAGUUUAUUAUAGACUAUAUUUUGCUGUUGGUUUGCACUGGGUUUGCUUUGACAGACAGGAAGUCUUUUUGAAGAAAAAAAAAUAUAUAAUUUAUGAAGUUGUAUUAACAUCUUAAGGGACUGCCCACAAGAGCUCUGUUUAUUAGUUGUGAAGAAGAAAUGAUCUCCUUUAGCUUCAAUUAAAUAUAUUUUAUUCUGCAUCGUGUGAGCUCUAACUUUCUAGGGAUCUUGUAUUUGCUUGCUGUGGUUAUUUGAACUUUUGCACUCCUGGACUUUUUAUUUGACCCCCCCCCCCCCUUGUGAAAGUUUUUCCUCAUUUUUCCUCAAAUCCCAGAAUCCUCUAAUGACAAAAUGAAAGAGGUUUCCUAGAAAAUGUCAUCCUCUGCAGAGGGAGUCUCGGUGCCGCUGGGUGGGUCGGUCUCUGCCCAAGGGGCGGAGCAGGCCCAGCUGGAGCAGGUGAAUUGCCCGGAUGGGAGUCCAGUUUUGGUCUUCAUUCUUUCACUGCGUUUUUAAACAACUGUUGGUCUCCUAUCAGCAGACGAAUUGGUGUAUAGUUGCACUUUGACGGAAGUGCCCUUGAAACAUAUUUUUCUUCCCUUUUUAAACGAAAUAAUGUUUCUUAUAUUAACACAAGAAUGUGGUUAAUUUGAAAAAUAAAAAAAGAUAUUUUUAUGCAUUUUACAUGUCAACCUUCAAAAAUUAGCCAUUUUGUUUGGUGUAUAAUCCUAGGAAUUCAUUUGUCAGUAUGAAGUAAUUUUCAUUUAUGCCUUUUUGUGUCUUUAAGGCCAACCUCUGGUCUAUGUUGUGAUUUGCUUUGACUUUUUAUUCUUUGGAUGUGUAGCAAGCUUACUUUGUUAACAAUUCUAGAUAUUGUUUGACCUAUUCCUCCAACAGGACUCCCAAAGAUUACCUUCCCCAAAGUAAGGCUGGUCCUCAUGUGAUAUCCAUAGACUGUGGGGAUGCAGCGCAGUGUUUAGUUUCUACAGUAGAGUAUCAUCUUUAGUCAAAUCCGAUUAUUAAAGAUUGCUGCAAUAUUUAGCCAGUACAUUGUUUGUCAAUGAAAGGUCCGCAUUGAUCAUGUGGAAUGUGUUUCAUUUGGUCAUGACAUAUGUAUGCCGAUACAGUGCACAAUUUGACUGCAACUUUUCUAUGAUGUAAAAUUGAAUUAAUAAAACACUGGAAAUUGUCACGUU